AUGGCCUCUCGAGCUCUCUCCCAGCUGCUCCUGGCCAUGAUGCUUCCCCUGAUGGAGCUGGAGUCAACAUUUGUCCCCACAGUCCAUUCUGAUCCCAAACCAUCUGGAGAGAAAUCUGGGCAUGAACUGAACCAAAACAAGGGAGUAGGGGAAUUGGCACUGGUCUCCAGCUAUGUACAGCUGGAGUUUUCAAACAGGACCCGGCCACAGGAACUCCCUGAGAACUUCACUCUCCCUGUGGCCUCCACAUCCCUUCCCCCAAGGAUGCUUACCGCCCUCGCUCUUACAACAGAGUGCCGCGUCAACCACAAUGGGACUAGGUUCUGCACUUGCCAUUCUGGCUACCUGUGGAACACUACACUUUGCUCCCUUUAUCCUACCUGCCAUGGCCACAGAUCAGAAAUUGAUCCCUGUAUGUGUCGCAGCUUCCAUGGUCCUGCUCCUGGCUACUGCCAGUUGCUGCCACCUGCUCCUGCAAACCUGAUCCUGGACUCCCAGCAGCAAACGCCCAGGGACACCCUGAACCUCAUUCUCCUGAAGAAAGAGGAGGCUACCAACCUAAGAUGGUACUUGAAGCACCCAGAGAGCCACAAACUCAUCUUCCUACGGCCGGGGACAAGUGUGUCCCAGAUGUCCAGUCAGGGCCAGGCUGGCCUUAGAAUCACUGGCUUAUCCCAUCACUGGACAGGUUUGUACGUGAGCAUCUUUGAGGCCCAGGGAUUCAGGUGGGAGCUGCAUCAGGUGGUGCAGGUACCCUUGGAGGAGAAAGAAGUGGUUCGACUUCCAGACAAGCUGUCCAUCUCCUGUGUUGCCUCCACUGGAUUCCAACUGAGCUGCUGCAUCCCGCUCACAAACUUGGCCUACACUGCCACUUGGAGCCCUGGGCAGGGCAGCCAAGCCUCCCUGCAUAACUUCUCGGAUUCCCAAUGCCUGGUGCUGACUGUUGAGCGCUGCCCAGCAGCCGAUACCACAUAUACGUGUACCCUUCACAGUCAGAACCUGGCUCCUCUCAGGGCUCCUGUCUCCAUCACCGUCAUCCAGGAUGGAGACACUACCUGCCCUGAGGACUUCCUAGUGGUUGCCUGGAAUGUCACCAAGGCUGGCUUUGUGGCACAGGCUCCAUGUCCCAUGAAUAAGAGGGGCGUGGUAAAGAGGCUCUGUGGGCCUGAUGGCAUCUGGGGGCCCAUCCAGAACACCUGCACAGAGGCCAAGAUCCUAGCCAUGUGUCUUAAAGCCAAGCUGCUGCUGGAAGGCCAGGGAAAGCCGGAUGAGGAGGUACAACGCAUCCUGAGUCAGCUGAGAGGGCAGGUGGGUGUGGUCAGCACCCCCUCUGACUUACAAGAAAUGCUGCACACUGUGACCUUGCUGGCCAACGUGGUAGCAGAGACACGAACAGAGCUUACAGACAGUGCCCUGAAGGAUCUCCUGACAACCACAGACAAGAUUCUAGAGGUGAACCUCAGCUCUCUGUGGACUCUGGCCCAGGCCCAGAAGCCCUCGCUGGCCUCAGAUCUCCUGAAGGCUGUGGAGACCUUGGUCCACAGCUUGAGGCCACAGCAGCACCCUUUCUUCUUCACCUCAUCUAAUGUCCUACUGCAGAGCCAGCUCCUCAGACACACCUCUCCUCCUGGCUACCAAAUGUCCUUCUCUGCCUGGCCCCUCCUGCAGGCACGGAUCCCAUGGUAUUCACUGGCCCCACUGGUCCAUAAUGGAACUAACGUCAGUAUUACUAGCCUAGUACUGCAAAAGCUGGACCACCAUCUGCCCUCAAGCUAUACGCAAGGGCUGUGGAACACCCCAUAUACCACUCCUGGGCUGGUCCUGGUGGUCUCCAUUACAGCUGAUGGCCAGACCUUCACACAGGCAGAACUUAUCAUGGACUUUGAACACAUGAAUGGAACCCUGCACUGUGUCUUCUGGGACUACAGUCUCUUCCAGGGUCAGGGGGGUUGGUCAGAUAAAGGGUGCCAGGUUCAUGCAGCCAACACCAGCACCAUCAUUCAGUGUGUUUGCCAGCAUCUCACUGCCUUUUCCAUCCUCAUGUCCCAACACACCGUCCCAGAAAAUCCUAUCCUGGACCUGCUGAGUCAGGUGGGUGUUGGGGUUUCCAUCCUAGCACUGCUCAUGUGCCUGGUUAUUUACAGGCUGGUAUGGAGAGUGGUUGUUCGGAACAAAGUCUCCUUCUUCCGCCAUGCCACCCUGUAUAACAUGGUGAUCUGCUUGCUGGUCGCAGACACGUGCUUCCUGGGAAGCCCGUUCUUUCCUUCUGGGUACCACAGCCUCUUGUGCCUGGCCACUGCUUUCCUGUGCCACUUUUUCUACCUGGCCACUUUUUUCUGGAUGCUGGCACAGGCCCUGGUGAUGGCCCACCAGCUGCUUUUUGUCUUCCAUCAGCUGUCCAAGUACUUGGUUCUGUCCCUGAUGGUGAUACUGGGCUACCUGUGCCCACUGGGGUUUGCAGGUAUCACCCUGGGCCUCUACUUGCCUCAAAGGAAAUACUUGUGGGAGGGGAAAUGUCUGUUGAAUGGAGAUGGAGUCAUGCUGCAUGCUUUCAGCGAGCCAGUGCUGGUCAUCGUCUGUGUAAACGGGCUGGUCCUUGUCAUAGCUGUGUUGAAGCUCGUAAGACCUUCACUGUCAGAGGGACCCCCGGCAGAGAAGCACCAAGCUCUUGUCGGGGUGCUUAAAGCCCUGCUUAUUCUCACGCCCAUCUUUGGCCUCACCUGGGGACUGGGCGUGGUUGUUAUAUUUGAUCAAGAUUCCAUGGUCUCUCACUACAUCUUCACCAUUCUCAACAGCCUCCAGGGUGUCUUCAUCUUAGUGUUUGGCUGCCUCACAGACAAGAAGGUACUUCAGGCCUUGCGCAAACGCUUCCAUGUCCCAGGCACUCAGUCCUCCAACUCUGCCAUCUCCCUGGCCACAAAUGAAAGCUACACUUCAGAACACAGCAAAGAAAGAAGUGAGCAUGCCAGUUAUGAAGAAAGGAUGACUGAUUGACAGGAACCUGUGAUCUUCUGGACACUGAAGAUGAAGGGCAGAAGUCAGUUUCUUUGGGGACACUAGUUACAAAAUCCUUACUAAUAUCACUGCUUUUAAAAUACACCGAAAGAGGCAAUUUACUAAUCUAUGAAGUGGCACAUACAUGACAUAGAAAAACUUCAGAGUGACGGUGAAUUCACCUAUUAAAGCAGGUGACUGAAACUUAAGCAACAGUGAAAGCUUUGACAUUGCCCUCUUAAACAUACGCUUGUUCAGGCUGGCAAGGGAGGAACCUGGCAAUGUCAGACACUGGGAAGUGCUUUACAAUACAUUUCCAAGUUUACAUUUACUUACAUAACCACAAUAAAAAGCUGACCACA